AUGGCUAAACAUGCCGUUAUCCUCACCUGUAGCUUUUUGGGUACCCCGUUCGCUAUAGCUGUAACGAGUCUGCCACCUUUCGGCCUUGGGCUGCCUCAUGACGCUCAUCUCGAACAGAGAUGGGACGAUGCCAGUUGGGAAGAUACAAACCGUGCAGCAUGCACUGUCGACAAAAUGCGGAUCCGACAUGACUUCGGCUGUCUGGCACCAAAGGAGCGAGAGCACUUCACCGAUGCCAUCAAGUGUCUCGUUAGAAAGCCGUCACAACUUGACCAAAUCCGCUAUCCUGCUGCGAGCAACAGAUUCAUGGACUAUGCUAUCGUUCAUGUCAAUCGUACGCGCGAAGUGCACCUCAAUGGGUUCUUCUUGACCUGGCACCGAUACUUCUUAUGGCUCUUUGAAGAAGAGCUUCGGAAUGAAUGUGGCUACAAGGGAACUCUUCCAUACUGGAACUGGCCUGAGACGGCGAACGACAUACACACAAGUCCAGUGUUCGAUGGCUCGAGAUUCUCCAUGUCGGGCGACGGCCAGCCUCGAGGACGCAAGCCCACAGUUUUUGGGCCGAAGCUCACAGUUCCCCAUGGAAGUGGCGGAGGCUGUGUCUUCAGCGGCCCAUUUGCUGGCUUCAAGGCCACUAUGAAGCCUAUUCCAAUCAACAAUCUUAUCGAAGGCAAGCCAUUGCCCGCCAAUGCUUUUGAGAAACAUUCGCACUGCCUCACCAGGGACUUGAACGAAUGGGUAGCUCGCAAGUGGACCAAUCACACCGCGCUUGAGGAAGCACUCGAAGCUGAUAGCAUGGAGAACUUUGAUUGCCUGCUCAAUGGCUCCCCUGGUGAGGGAGACUUGGGCUUGCAUUCCGGUGCGCAUUUCACUCUCGGAAGUUCAGCAGUAGCGUCCAACAUAUACGUAUCUGCUCAGGACCCGAUCUGGUAUCCGCUUCAUGGCAUGCUGGAUCUGAUGUACACCUCAUGGCAACUGCGUCAUCCGGACAUUGCCGACUCUUUAUGGGGGACAGAGACGGCAGCUAACCAGCCGCCAAGUGCGAAGGUGUAUCUGGACUCGUGCAUGCCAGAUUGGGGCGUUCUCGGAGCGCCAUAUGGCGUAAUUAAAGUCGCCGACUUGAUGAAAACAACGGGAGGUCCAUUCUGUUACAAGUACGACGUUGAGCUAUGA